ACCAAUAGCUGGGCGUUCCGGGGGCUCCCGGUCCUACCGUGUCUGGUUCCGGGUGCUGAGUUCCGCCGCGCUCGGAAGUGGCGGCGGGACGCGAGGAAGCCGUCGCUCGCAGGGGCCGACAUGCCGAGCGCCAAGCAGCUGGCCGACAUUGGCUACAAGACCUUCUCCGUCUCCAUGAUGCUGCUCACUGUGUACGGGGGCUACCUCUGCAGUGUCCGGGCCUACCACUACCUGCAGCUGCGCAGCCUGCGGCGCCGGGCUGCGGAAGAACAGAAGCCCUCGGGAGCCCUGUAGAGCUGCGGGCCCAUCUCUGGAGCAGGCAGGCCUGCGGUGUGCUGUGGGAAGGCCUCCCUUGCAGGCGUCGCCAGAUCGAGAGACCCAUGGCCUGCGUGGUUUUCCACUCUGGCUGGAAGGAGCUGUGCUUUCUUUGGGACUGCUCACUUGUGCCGGUUUCACCCCGCCUGUGGGAGCUGUGAGAGUGAAGUAUACUUGCAGACAUUAAAUGGUUGGUCGUGACUGUG